AUGUCGGCUGUCAAGAAAUAUAAUAAAAAAGUGGACAUUUUUAACUUUCUUAUCGUGUUAAGCGUUUUGGCUGCUUUAGGUGCCGCCGGAAUACUUGCUGGCGUCUCAUAUCAAGUUUUGCCCAAACGUUUGGAAGGACUGUUUUUUAAAUAUUAUUUCAACACUACAGAUCCAACUGAAAUAGGCUGUUUAUUGGAGAAUACUGAAACUACGCAAGAUGUCUUUAGGCCACCUGUAGAUUGUAGCAUGUGCCGUGGUAUUACCGAAAUCGUCCGUGUUUCUAAUUUAACCAAAAAAGAGUUUGAAGAAAAAUAUGCUUAUAGCGGGCAAGCAGUGGUUGUAACUGACGGCACCGCUAACUGGACUGCCCCUGAAGUAUUUAGUUUCGCUUACUUUAAGAAACUUUAUGCUCCUAAAAGUGUAGCAUUGCGAAGUGCAGAAAGAGACUGUCAAUUUUUCCCCUAUAAAACUAAUUUUACAUCUUUGGGCCAAGUCUUUCGAAUGCCUAAAGCGCGUGCCAAUUUAAAGACUGGUAAACCGUGGUAUAUCGGCUGGAGUAACUGCGAUGCAGAAGCCGCUAACGUUCUAAGAAGCCAUUACAAUAGGCCUUAUUUCCUACCGGAAAGAUCAGAAUCAAGCAGAAUCGAUUGGAUUUUCAUGGGCAGUCCUGGAUAUGGUGCUCAUAUGCACAUCGACAACGUUCAUUUUCCUUCAUGGCAAGCUCAAUUGAGAGGACAGAAAAAAUGGAUCCUAGAGCCACCUCUAGAAUGUGCUGAUGUUUGUGUUAAUCAAAUAUCUGUUAUUGUCAACACUGGUGAUAUAAUUGUAUUAAAUACAAAUAAAUGGUUCCAUCAAACUGUUAUAAUGGGCGAUGAAUUAAGUAUCACCAUUGGAUCAGAAUAUGAUUAA